AUGCCAGGUAUCGAGGCAAAGGAAGAUAUAAAUGAAAUAAGAAGUUACUCGGACACAAUUUUGGCUACAGCCAAUGGUCACCGCGAGCCCCGCAAGGCCAUAGAUGCUAUCAACUGGAGUUUAGGCAUGAAAAUCUAUCAUACCGUGAUCCCCUGCAUCCUAGCCUUUUUGAUCACAUUUUCCUCCUCCGUUACAGUCCCUGCCACCUCGGCCCUCAUGGUCGAGUUCAACAUUAGUCAAACCGCAGCCAUCCUUUCAGGAACCCUAUACAUGCUGGGGCUAGCCUUCGGCCCUAUGAUCAUGGCGCCGCUGUCAGAGUUUAUUGGUCGUCGCUGGUUGUACCUGGUAACUUCAUCAAGCAUAAUUGCUUUUGCAGGGGGUGCUGGAGCUGCACAAACUUUCGCCACACAUUUGAUCUGCAGGUUUUUCUGUGGGUUCCUCGGAUCAGCUGGAAUUGCCAUCGGUGCAGGAACAAUAAUGGAUGUUUGGGGAGUGGCAAAAGCUGGAGGACUGGCCAGGCUUCUCUUCAUUUGUGGCCCGUUUCUGGGGCCUUCGCUGGGCCCCUUGGUAGGGGCAUAUGUUAUGCACGAAUACCAUGGCGAUUGGAGAUGGACGCAGUGGGUAGUAGCCUUGAUUGGAGCACCCAUCUGGAUCAUGAUCCUAUUCAUGAAAGAGACCUCUGACGCUCGAAUCGAACAAAACGCAGAAUAUUCCGGUCGCUUGGGCACUGUGAAGUUGGCCUUGUCAACACUCAACGCUGCAGUUGUCCGUUCAAUGAACAUACUCACCACCGAGGCGAUUGCAUUUUCUAUCACUCUGUACACUGGAUACGCUUAUGCCGUGGUCUUCAGCUACUUUGCAAGUGCCACUUAUGUCUAUCAACUAGACUAUGAUUUCACCGAUCGAGAGGUUGGCCUUGCUUUUAUCAGCGUAAUUAUUGGUUAUUUUCUGGCCGUUGUCAUGUAUAUGAUAAUCGAUGCAACACUUUACGCUCGCGCUGUGCGAAACGCACCCACUGGCCGCCCAGCCCCAGAACACCGACUGUACGCUGGUAUGAUUGGAAGCAUUUUCGUACCCAUUGGGCUAUUCUGGUAUGCAUGGGCCCCUCAGCCAGGAGGUCACUGGGCAGCAGCUGUAGCUAGCGGUAUUCCAUUCGGUCUUGGUGCCUUCGUUCUCUUUUUGUCGUCUAUGAUUUACCUUGUCGAGUCAUACGGAGCUGGUGCUGCUGCAUCUGCUCUCGCUGCCAACGGUGCCUUUCGAUACCUUCUUGGAGCGGUAUUCCCAUUGUUCACCGUCCAGAUGUACGAGAAACUGGGCGUGCACUGGGCCGGAAGCGUGUUUGCCUUCCUGUCUCUGGCGCUCCUGCCUAUCCCUUGGCUUCUCUUCAAAUUUGGCCAUCGGCUGCGCAAGAACAGCCGAUUUAUUACCUCGGUCUCCGUAUAA